AGAAACAACUCCUAAAGUAAACACCAAGAGAUUCUUCUCCCUCCUAAUUAACACAACAUCGCUUUACUCAUCUCACAGCUCUGCUUAAACUGCCAAAAGCAUACUUCACAAACCGUCUAAAGCCCUUCAAACCUCUAUCCCUAAUGGAUUUUCUCUUCACCUACAGUCCCACAUCAAAAAACCAUCAAUCUCAAUGCUCUUCCUUUCUUCUAACCAUUAUUCCAUUCCUUCUCCCAUUACUAAAUUACCAGCUUAUACCUGCUCAAGCGAGCAUCUGCCGAACCUCUUGUGGCAAUAUCCCGAUCACGUAUCCUUUCGGCAUCGAUGACGGCUGCGGCAGCCCUUACUACCGACAUAUUCUGGAUUGCUCCGAGUUGGGAAAACUCGAGCUCCGAACACCUUCGGGAAGAUAUCCAGUUCACAGCAUAAGCUACACAGAUCCUCACAUCCUUGUCAUCGAUCCUUUCAUGUGGAACUGUCAGGACGGCGACAAUUUUCGUCCAACGAAGCCUUUCAGCCUCGAUACGAGCACUCAUCUAUCGCUGUCCCCGCAAAAUGACUAUCUUUUCUUCAACUGUAGCGAAGACAACGUGAUCGUUGAGCCGAAGCCCAUGUUCUGCGAGCGGUUCCCGGAGCGGUGCGACUCGUCAUGUGACAGUUCCAGCUAUCUUUGCAGGCACUUGCCCAAUUGCGGCUCGGCGUUGCGUGGCGGUUCCAGUUCUUGCUGUUCAUACUAUCCGAAAGCCACUGAGUCACUUAGACUCAUGCUCAAGUUCUGCGCUAGCUAUACUAGCGUGUACUGGAGAAACAACGGAGCGGCUCAGAUGCCUUAUGAAGCUCAGGUGCCUGAGUAUGGAGUUAGGAUUGAUUUCGAUAUCCCGGUGACGACUCGUUGCCUUCAGUGUCAGGAUAUGAAGAAAGGAGGUGGGACAUGUGGAUUUGAUACUCAAACACAGAAUUUCCUGUGCCUUUGUGGUCAAGGAAAUAAUAUUACUACUUUUUGUAAAGAUCACAGUGCUUCUCAGCAUAAAAGUGUUGGAGUGAUUGCAGGGACGGUUUCUGCAGUGUCAGCAGCGGGAGUGUUAGGAAUUGGAGCUGGUAUUUGGUAUUUGAUGAAAGUGAGAGCUAAAGCACCCGUAACAUGUGGGGUUCAGAGCAAUGAGAAUAGGCUUUUUUAAAAGGCAUUAACAGACACUAUUAAUUAGUGAAGCAUACACUUGCCCCAUUGUUUUUCAUCUUUUUCUAAAUUUUGAUUUCUUUUUUGCUCCUUUUUUUGUUUUGAUUUCUUUUUUGCUCCUUUUUUUGUUUGUUUUACUUUUGUAUACGCUUCUGUAAGACCAUGUUAUUACUUUUAUAGUGAAGUUGGCACUAUUUUUUUUU